AUGUUCCGUCGGCUUCUUAUCGCUGUUUUCUGCUUCGCCUGUCUUUCGGCAGUGACUGCGCAGCGGUUCCUGUACAACCCAAAAUUCCAACCAUCAUUCAAUGAUGGAUCGUCGCUAGACGGAUUUGGGGAAUACGCGAACUACAUGCCCGCCAAACGAGCCUUCUCGUUCCAAGCUGCUCGUGGAAAGAAAAGUAUGGUCGGUGGAGAGAAGAGAUACUCGUACUUCCCAUCUCGCGGAUAA